CUAAAGCCUAGAAAGUCUGCCAGAAUCUACCAUGCUGACAUGCCACCGACUUCUACUGUGACUGCAGCUGGCGAAAACCGUCCAACUAAGCAAAAUAGCUUGAAAAAAAUUAUCAUCAUCUCUACUGUCGUCCUAAUAGUCAUUUUCAUCCUUGCUAACUUUCGGUCACAUUAUCAACAAAGAACAUCUCUGACUUCAAUUGCACUGAAUCCAGGCGAAAUUCACUGGAAAGAGUGUGUCCCUGCUGUUGAAAAUGUAGAAUGUGGAAGGAUAAUCGUCCCAAAGGAUUAUUUCGAUGCUGAAGCAGGAACAGCUUCCGUUGCCUUAGCCAGAUACAAAGCCAAAAAAUUUCCUCGAAAAGGCUCAGUAUUUCUAAAUCCUGGUCCUGGUUCAAGACUUCCUAUCACCACAGGUUCCGCGUUGGCAAAGGUUAUUGGUGAAGAUUGGGACUUGAUUGGGUUUGAUCCUCGAGGUAUUGGCUCCACGAUGCCCCCGACGCGUUGCUUUUCCUCCCAAAUUUCCAACACUGUCCUCUUCGCCAACACAGUGGUUGAGCAAGGCAUCACGGUUUCUUCCAUCUCCGAUCUAUCAUCGCCGUUGCUCUAUGAUCAGCUUGUUGAGCAGCAUCGGCAGUUCCUUGCUGUCAAAGAGGCUCAUGCACACCUUUGCGGAGAAAUGAUGGGCAAUGAGCUCAAGUAUAUGGGCACGGCGACCGUCGUGAGAGAUAUCGAUUUCAUGUCAAGAGUUAUCGAGGGCGAAGACGAGAAGAUCAACUAUUGGGGAAUAUCGUAUGGGUCCAUUCUCGGUGCUUACCUUGUAAACAUGCUUCCACAUCGUAUCGGUUAUGCCGUCAUCGAUGGGAUUGUUAAUCCAGUAUCUUGGUCUAAUGAACCAUCGCACAAAUGGCCUAUCAAUUGGAUUUCAGACGCCGAGAAGACUUACCAGAUAUUUCUUCAGGACUGUUCAAAGGCAGGGCCCUCUUCAUGUCCCCUAUGUGAAUAUAAGGACGAGUCUUGGCAAAACCUGGAGCGUCGGUUCGAAGAAUUUUUCGACGCUAUCGCUCUCAACCCCAUCCCAGUUCCAUUUGGGAACAGACCAGGAGUUUUGACAUCUGGAGGCGCUCGAGGACUUCUCGCAAAAUCUCUCCAGCGACCACUGAAAUGGCCCAAAGUUGCAAAAUCCUUUUCAUCUGCUAUGGCAGGAAACGGGACAGAACUUUACAAUGCCAUCGUCCGUCCGCUUCCUCUUGCCGACCUUGAUUCUCCAGAACCCCAUAUUUCGCCCCGUUUGGCUGUCACUUGUCUUGAUUCCCCUCGUCCUACCGCACCUGACGAAUUUCCUACUGCAAAAGAUCUGACGGAGCAGGGUUUGAAGGCUUUGAGAGAAGUCUCGCCCCAUUUCGGUUUGAGCACGGGUGUGAGUGAGCCGGAUGGCGGAUGCCAGUACUGGCCUGUAGAUGGUCCGGAGAGGUUUACUGGGCCGUGGAAUUCAACACUGGAGACGAAGAUGUUGAUUAUCAGCAAUACGGCUGACCCGAUCACUCCGAAAUCCAGCGGCCUGCUCGUCAAUUCCCUUAUGCCCGAUUCAUCUGUUAUCAUUAUCCAAGACGGACCUGGUCACUGCUCAAUAUUUCUACCUUCCCUCUGUACAGCAAAACUUCAACGUGGAUACUUUGCUGGGGAAAUACCAAAGAAUGGGACUGUCUGUCCGGUCGAUCUUGCUACAUUUCCUGACGAGGAAAGUGAUAAGCAUAUACAGAUGCUUUCAACGGAGGAUCGAGAGCUGUUGAAAGCAUUGAGGGAUCUGGAAGCUAUGUUUUGAGCAUACUUAAUUACAUAAUGACUGCAGAGAGUAAUGCAUGAAGAUAAGGAUAGGUACAAAAUUCUUCUAUUGUAACACCGUUGGUGAAGUGGUUAUCAU